UCCUGUGGUCCAGAAACCCAGAAACAGGCAGGAGGGGUCUGGGGGUUACUGAGUCCAAACUCGUUCUGCUGGCCACACGACAGGCCAAUAAAUCGGAAGACGAGGUGUUGGGGCAAGGAAUAGCGACAUUAUUCGGAAAGCAGGCAGACCGACGGAGAGGAUGGCCAACUAAAUAUCUUGGAGAACCAUCCUCCCCCAGUCAGAAUACAGGCUCUUUUUACACAAAAAAACAGAGGAGGGGGUGCGGUUGGUUGUUACAAACUUCCCCACUUUCCUUCCCUCCCCCCUCCCUCCCCUGGCACUUGAAUGCUUCACCAAGUUUCCGAGGAGGCCUGGACAUGACGCACGGACAGACAGGGGUGGAAUCACUGUACACAGUAUUCCGGGACACAGAGACCGUGUUUCAUGUCUCCACAAAGCUGCCGUCUACCGAGGGAGACACCCAGCAGCUCCAGAGAAAGAGACACAUUGGGAAUGACUUUGUGGCCAUCAUCUUCCAAGAAGAAAACACACCGUUUGUCCCAGAUAUGAUUGCAUCCAACUUCUUACAUGCCUACGUUGUAGUGCAGGCUGAGAACCUGGGCAUGGAGACCCCAUCCUACCAGGUUGCAGUCACUGCCCGGGAAUACGUGCCUGCUUUUGGCCCACCUCUGCCCAGCCCCAUGUUUUCCAGAAGACCGGACGAAGGCAGCCCUCCUGGACAACCUUCACGACGAACUCCACGCCCACACGCAGGCCAUGCUGGGACUGGGCCCAGAAGAGGACAAGUUUGAGAGUGGGGGCCAUGGGGGAUUCCUGGAGUCUUUCAAGGUGUGGAGAAACAUGGCAGGACCAGAGCUGGCCGGCCCUGUCCUCCAUGGAAGCUGAGGUUGGGCUGAGACCCUCAAGAACACGGCCACACAUCUGGGUCAUAACACCCUCCCCUUGUUCCAUCGGUGGGUUUUAGAUGAAGGAGCAGUGACUGCAGCCUCACUGGGGAUUUAAGAAGGCCACCUGAACAUAUCCCACCUGGGGCUCUUUAGAGAUACUAUUUCCCUCUGCCUGAACCCUCUGCCAGGCACAUUCAUAUGUGCACACACGUGCACAUACACACACACACACAGGGCCUGCACCAAGUAAACCACUACUCCCUCCCUUAAGUCUUACCUAAAAAUUCAGUUCCCCAGGGCAUCACACAGCACCCGGCAAAUGGUAGGCCCCGGCCUGCUUUCCCCUGACAUGUGCUGGGUGUUAAUACGGGCCCGACCCGUCACGGGGUGGUGAGCAGUGUAGAAAAAUGAUAGGCCAGGAAUGCCACGCCCGGGACAUUCUAACCCCGAGCUGGCUGGUACCUGGCCUCGCCCACCUGUGCAGCGCCCACGGUCAGUUCAAGGUUGCCAGCGUCCUGUUCCUUCUCAUCUGAAUUCCUCAGACCUGGACCCUAGGUGAGGCACCUGCUCUACUACAAAACUUUUUGGUGCAUAAAGCACUAGAGAAAUCCCCAAAGACUGUUUUGACGACAUCAAAAUGUGAAACUUCUGAAGGUUAAAUAAACAAUAAGCAGAGUUAGAGGGAAUCACAAUCUGGGGGAAAUAUUUGCCACUAGUGUAAAGCAUAAAAGAUAUCAGAGAUAUGAAAGUUCAACCAGUCUUUAUUGAGGGUGAGCAUUCUCUGGGCACUGGGGUAAAGGACUGGAGGCUGGAGUAGCCGCUGAGUAGGUUGUCUGUGUGUGAACUGCACUCCUGGAGGUGUGGUGGUGAAAGGGCCUGGAUGGAGGCCGGUCAGAGGGAUCCGCAUCCUGGGAGAGCUCCAGAGGGGCAGAGCGAGGCACACAGGAGGGGCUGAGAGGGAUGGUGUGGCUGGACCACAGAAAGCAAAGGGACAAGGCCAGGACGCAAGGGUGGGGAUGUUGGCUGGGCCACACCACCCCGGGCCUGGUGGUCCUUUUCUUGUUUAAUUUUUUAUACUUUAUUCUAAGAGCCAUGGGAAACCAUGGGUGGAUUUUAAGCAGGGGCCACAAGGUUGAAUUUGCCUUUUCCAAGCUCACUCUGGCUGGUAAAUCAAAGAAUGGUUGAGAGGCGGGUAGGGCUAGAUGUGGGAACUGAUAGGACGUGUGGCUAUUGUACAAGGUCAGGUGAGAGACAGUGAGGGCUUGGGGUGGGAGGUGACACAACUUUCAGAUGACUGGACGCGUCAACAGCCUGACGAUGAUGCUGCGAGAGACCAGAGCCAGAGUCGCCCCUCUGAGCCACUCCCAGAUCCCAACCCUCGAAACACUCUUGAGAUAAUAAAUAUUUGUUAUUUUAAACUGCUAAGUUUGGGGGUAAUUUUUAAUGCAGCAAUAGAUAACAAAUACACUCAUGGCUUGUUUUAAUCAAUCUUUUCAUGUAGCAAAUAUUCAUUGAGCAACUACUUACUCAAAAGAGAAAUCAUACUUAAGAAACUUUUUAGGUAAAAGGCGGAGGCUACCAAGUAGUACGCAGAAUAUAAUCUGAUUUUUGUUAAAGUGUGUGUUUGUGCACACAUGGUAGAUGUUUAAAAGGAUAUUUACAUACCACAAUGUUUAUUACUUUCUGCUUUAAAUUUUCCUGUGUUGUCUGAGUUUCUUUAUAGGAGCAUGUAAAACCUUUAUAAGCAGGUAAAAACAAUGCUGUGAUUUCCAUUUGGGGAAACAAAAGCAUCUUAACGUACCCUCCUAGGAGAGCUGGAAGGCAGUGUGUUCAAACUCAGUGUUUCACAUGCUCUGAACCACGUGCCAGUUGCCUGCAGGAUCUGUUAAAAUGCUGAGCCGAUUCAGUGGGUUUCUGGUGGGGCCUGAGAUCCAGUAUUUUCCUAAUAAGCUCUCGGGUUAAGAAGAGGUAGCUGGCCCAAGGACUAGACUCUUGAGUAGCCAGGCUCUAAAGCAACCCUGAAUUUAGAGCUCAGGGCUGUGGGAUUGAAUCCUGACUAUCCUAAGGUGUAGUUCAGCCUUGGGAAAAACACAUAACUGACCUGGUCUUUGUUUCCUUUUUUAAGGAAGGAGGUAGACUAGAUCUGUCAUUGUUAAGACUCUGUCCUUUGAUGCUGAAUCCUCGCUUACUGCUGAAAUGGCCCUAAGCCAGCUUUGCAAGCCAUAAUACCCACCUCUUCAUGUGAGAUGUGUUGCUGGCCUCUGUGGGGUACGCACCCAGAGUCUCCUCACCAGCAGGAAGGAAAAAGAGUCCCUGCUGGUCUGUGUGUCUCUGUGUCCCUGCAGUCCCUCUUCCUUCCAGGUGAUGGCAGCAGAGGAAAAGGAGUCCCAGAGGGCAGCGGCCAGGCACCCAAGCGGGACAAGUGGGCAUUUAUUUGUACAUGUUCUUUCAAAAGAUUACAAGAUGAACUGUGCCAGUUCAAAUUCACGUGCUUUAUUUGUUUAGGAUUCGGGCUCCAGGUUUUUGUUCCAGAAAGAUUUGAAGCAUUAUUCUAAGUGGAAGAAUUCAGGAUUAAAAAUAGAAACCAUGCAGAACUUUUACCUGGCACCUGAGCUGCACGUGGGCAAUGAAUGUGGAGGACGCGGCCACGUGCUAGCCAGCCUGAGCACCGCCAGGCUCCGGCUGAGAGCUGGGGAUUAUUUUUGCGUCCUAGCCUGAUAAUCAUGGUGGUUGUCCCCCCAUUUCACAUAUGUGGAAACAGAUUCAGGGAGGCCAGCACUGUGACCCCUGUCCCUUGGCUUGUUAAGUGGCAGAGCCAAGACCCUUCCCAUACAUCCCUCUGCCUCCUUUGGGUGACACAACUUUCUUUAUUUUCUGGCCCAUUUUCAUUUUCUACCUACCUUUGCAGAGAGAAGGGUUUUGUUGCUUUGUUUCCUUGAGAUUAAAUCUAUCAAAAUGUAGGAAAUUGACCCGAGCCCACAGUGUUGUCCAUGACAGUUGUUCAGGUGCAGUCUGUGUCACGGCUGGAUGUGAACUAAGUUACAUCAAAGGCUGACGGCAGCAGGGAAACUGUGAGGUCACUGAGACUGAGAAACUGGUUCAGUCCUGUUGUUUCCUGAUGAUUUCCUCCACUGCAGUCACCCUGGUCUCCUCAACGUUCCUCCAACACUCCACACGUGCUCCGAUCUCUGGGCUUUGGCACCUGCUGUUCCCUCUGCCUCUAACACGUUUCCUUGAUAUCAGCAAAGCUCACUUAAUUGCCUCCAAGUCUUUGCCCGGAUAAUUCUUCCAGGAGCACCCUGGCCUCCCUACUACUCCACUCUGCCCCUCAGCCCUCUCCCCCUCACCUUGCCCUGUUUUUCCCAUGGUGCUCAUCACUUCUGGCACCCCAUAUAACUGGCUUUGCAUUACGCCAUUGAUCUAUUUAUGUGUUUACUACUACUAUGUUGUUGUGAUAUGUUGAAUAGUAAUAAUUUUAAACUGAA